ACUACUAACAUAGUACCAAGUUGUACCUUGAACUCCCCUGCAAAAAAAGGAAAAAGUUGUACCUUGAACUGAGACCAAGGUAAUUUAGCCAGCUAUAUAUGGCGUCUGCUGGAACAGGAGGCGACAAGUACCGGUCGUUCAUGGACGGCGAGGGCGAGAAGAACACCGUGUGGAGGCAUGGAGUCCCUCCCAACUUCGACGUCGUGAACAAGCUCUUCGAGGAAGAGAGGACUAAGGUUGAUGAAAACCUGAACAGUACGGAAGAGGAAAUCCGGAGUCUCAGGGAGAGACUGGAGAAAUCUCAGAAAGUGUACGAUAGUGUCAAACAAGAAAUGAUAAAUGCAGAGAACCUGAGAAGGCGAGAGAAGGAAAAGAGGAGCAGUCAGAAACUGGAGAACAGCAUACUCAGGCACUUGAGAAGGCAAGACGGGAUAUAGAGAUGUCGCGCAAGGAAAAGGAGAUCGAGUGGCUCAGGGAGAGCCUAAAGCUGGCUAAUAAAGAGAAGGAAAACUACAAGAGUAUGUAUGAGAAAAAGUGCAUUAUCAUGUGAAAAAGCCAGCGAGGCAUCUAGGGACGUGGAAAUCUGUGGCACGGAGCAUCGCUCUAUGUGUGAACUGCUUCCAUGUUACUAAUUAUUUUUGUUGAA